CCGCGCUGCCCGCUCCCCAUGUGCGCGACUGUUGCAGCAGUAGCAGCAACAGCAGCAACCACCACCACCGCCGCUGUUAUUCUUGUUGUUGUUGCUGCUGUUGUUGUUGUGUCCCCGAAGCCCCCGUCGCUUGCGGCUGCUCGCGCGCCGCGUCUCCGUCUUCGUUUCGCCGAGCCGACGCAAAGAAGCGGCCCUUGGCGGGAGACGCCGGCGGCACCAUGCCCGGCACAGGCCUCGCCCUCAGGAGCUGCCGUGAGCUGUGGAACAUUGUCCUUGGCAGGAGUGCACUGAGGGAAGAGGAGCAAAUUAAGGAUGAGCUCGACAAGCACUUUGAACGCCUGGAGCAGGGAUUGGCUUUCUUCAAAGUGCCCAGCAACGCCUCUGCACAGAAGCUGCAGGCUGACAAGGAGGCGGAUGAAUCCCUCAAGGGCUUCAGCGUCAAGCUCAGCGAAUUCCUGGGACUGGAUGAACUCCAGAGCUUUGAGCUGCUGCACAACUUCCUGCAGGAGGACUACCGCGCCGCCCAGGAGCAGCUCAAGGCUGUGCUGGAAGAUGAGCGGCACUCGCAAGCGCUGAUGGUGAAGGUGCGCGAGUACUACUUUGAGGAGCGGCUGUCGCUGUUGCGCUGUGUGCUGCACCUGCUCACCUUCUUCCAGGAUGAGAGGCACCCCUACCGGGCCGUGUACGCCGACUGCCUGGAGCGCCUGCAGCAGAGCCUCACCUCGCGCCACGUGGAGCAGCUGGAGGAGCGACUCGGCUCCCGCUCGUCGCUCUGCCACUUCCACGGGAACAUGGCGGAGCGGCAGGCGGCGUGCUGGGCGCAGCAGUGCCUGCGCGAGCAGUGCCUGCUGCUGGAGCUGCUCUUCCUCUACUACGUCUACUUCGAGAUGAAGCCGCACGCGCUGCUCCGCCUCGCGCGCCUCUUCCAUGCGCAGAGUUUCGGCCUGCGCCAGCUACAGGGGCUGGAGGCGCCGCACGAGGGCAGCGCCAUGCUCGUCAGCCGCGUCGGGUACUUCUGUGCGCUUCUUCUCAUCGAGGGCAUGGACAUCGAGUUCCUGGCCAAGUGCGCGCAGGGCGACUGCGUGGAGCAGCACCAACUGGUCAAGGACGAGGCCGUGUUCAAGGAGCUGGACCAGCUGCUGCAGAGCCUCGGCGACCUGGAGAUUCACGGCCCCGUGCUGCUCGCGUGGGCCAUGCUGCGCUACAAGGCGCUGCCGGACGACCCCAAGUCAGCGACCCGCCGCCUGGGCCGCUCCGCCGUGCAGCUGCAGGCGUUCCGCCUCGUGUGCCGCCUGCUGCGGGCGCCCGGCUUCAGCGGCAGCAGCUGCACGUCCAGCACAGCGCGCGCGGUCGUCUACGGCCUGCUGUCCUUCGUGCUCGGCCUCUUCGACGAGGGCACGCUAGGAGAGCCCCAGGACUUGAUGGACGUGGCGUGCGAGGUGCUGAGCAUGCCUGCUCUCGCCGAGGCCUUCUGGGACGCUGGCCUGGCGGGAGGUCUGGCCAUGCUGCUGGACUCGGCUGCGGCGCAGUUCCCGUACGCGUGCGCGCCGCUGCUGCAGCUGCUCACGGCCACCGUGGUCAGCCAGGCCACGGCCAAGCGGGUCUACAACUUCCUGGACAAGAUGACUUGCUACGCCGAGGCCGUGCCGCAGAGGCCACGCGACAUCGAGGCGUCCGAAGACGGAACCAUGUGGAGAACGACGGCACCCAGGCACCUCUACCCGUUCGGCGCGGGGAGGACCACCAUGCGGCUGCCGCAGGGCGUGGUGGGACGCGUGCUGCCCCUGGGCCCAACCGUGCCGGGCGGCCCCUCCGCCCUGGUGCACUGGGAGUUUGGCUACAGCGCGUGGGCGCUGUUCGCCUGCGAGGUGGAGAUGCUGCUGCACGUGGUGUCCACCGCCGACGUGGCGCGGCACUGCGAGCGCGUGCGUCCCAUCGUGCAGCUGGUGCGGCAGCUGCUGGACGCCGACGGCUCGCUCGCCGCGCCGCUGCUUCCCGUCACCUCCCGCCUCUACAUGGUGCUGCAGAGGCUCACGUGUGUACCCAGCCCGCCGCUCGACGUCAUCGCGGCGUGCGUGAACUGCCUGGCGGCGCUCGUGCCUUAUGGUGCCGCCAAGGUGUGGAGCGACGUGCAGCACACGGGGCUCCUUCCCUUCACCGUGUCCCCCGUGAGCAACGCCGCACGGGCAGCCAGCGGGGAGGGCAUGCACGCGGGAAACUACGGGAAUCUGCUCGUCGGCUUCGAGAGGCACCGGGGCGAUUUCCGCGUGACGGCGUCGUACCUCCGUCUCGUCACCGCCCUCCUGAAGGGCCUGGUGGGGAGCAGCCAGUACCCGAGCCUGCUGCCCUGCCUCGUCUUCACGCUCAAGGAGAUCCUGGCGCGGUACCGCACGUGGGCGCUGGGCGGCGCCGACGGGCACCGCGAGUGCAUCGGAAAGUUGAUGCUGGAGCAGAUCCACUUUGUGCUCAACAUCAGCGUCGACAGUGGCAGGGGUCCCAGCCUGCAGGCCGUGUGUCUGCACAGCCUCCUGCACGGCGAGUCCGGCCUGGCCCUCAUCCACAUGCUGUCCAUCGGCGUGGGCGCCAUCGACACCGUCCUGGCCGCCCAGCCCGGCCGAGUUCUGGAGGGACCGGCGCUCACGCUUAUCCAGACCAUGAAGCUGGCAUUCUCCGUCAUCAACAACACGCUGAGGCUCAAGCCGGCGUCGGACGAGCUCACGCCGCUGGAGCACGCGCUCACUCAGCAGGGCGUCCACGGCAACGUGAUGGCGAUCCUGGCGCGUUACAUUUACCACCGGCACGACGCCGCGCUGCCCAGGCUCGCCGUGCAGCUGCUCAAGCGCCUCGCCAUGGUGGCGCCCAUGUCGGUGUACGGCUGUCUCGGCGGAGAUGCGCCGGCCAUACGGGACGCCUUUAUCGGCCGCCUGCGAUCACCCACCGAGGAUAUGAGAAUCAAGGUGAUGAUCCUGGAGUUCCUGACGGUUGCCGUGGAGACCCAGCCCGGCCUCAUCGAGCUCUUCCUGGACCUGCAGCCGGAGAGCGGCGCGGAUAGCGGCUCCAAGCAGGAGCUGGCGCUGGGCAAUGGCAGCUGCCUGCCCGUGGUGCUCGAGUUGGUGUGUGUGGAAGGCCCUGGGGCGCCCUCCUGUCCCCCGCUGCUCCACCGCACCGCCGUGGCCUUCGUGUACGCGCUGUGGCAGGACCGUCGGCAGAGCGCCAUGACCAUCCUGAGAAGCAGGAAGGACUUUUGGGAGAACCUCACCUAUCCCCUGUUCAGCGACUUCCUGCCAAUAUCCACCGACAUCGAGGUCAGCACGCUCGAAGCGUGCGCCUUCAUCCUCAAGAUCAUCUCCCUGGAGGUGUUCUACGUCGUCAGUGGCUCUCUGGACCCGUCGCUGGUGCUGGUGCUGCGGAGGCUGAAUGAGGGCGGCCGUUACCGCUACUGGUCGGGCUACGUGCGCGGGCUGGCGUGCCGCCUGGCGUCGCGCGCGCAGCUCGGCGACGGGGACCAGGACGUUGGCGGCGGUGGCGGCGGCGCCGGCUACGCGGCGGCGCCGGAGGCCGCAGAAGACGGAACCAACCUGGUGGAGGCGUGGAGGACCCUGCUCAUCCUCGCCACCAAUCACGGGAACAUUCUCUUCCUGGACGACGACGAGACCCGGGCCACCGUCAUGCAGGACGUCCUGGCGGGGCUCAGCGUCCUGGUGAAGGUGGAGUGCAGUCGGCUGUGCAUGCACCUCAUGGCCAUGCUGUCUACCACUCUGUGUGUUCUGCUGCGGCAUUGGGGCAGCGCUCUGCCGGGCGGCCAGGACGUGCUGCCGGAGCUGCUGGACGUGCUGCGACGGCUGCAGCAGGCAACGGAGCGGCGCCUCGCCGAGAAGAUCAAAGCGCGGCUCCUCGCGGCCGUGAUGCUCGUUCUGCAGCAGAGGCGCCUCCGAGCCGGUACUCUGCCCGGACACAAGCAGCUGGUGCAGCUGGUGUGCGAGACGCUGCGGCAGGAGGUGACGGCGCUCAUGGAGCAGAGCCAGAGCUCGUGGCGGGCGGCGGCGGCGGCGGCGCCACAAGCCGGCACCCUGGGAGUCGACAGCAUGGACACGGAUUCAGCUCCAGCCCCUGCCAGGGAUGACAGGGACGGGGUGUGCGUGGUGGCGCUGCACUUGGCCAAGGAGCUCUACCUGCUGGAGGAGGGCACGGGCGGCGGCGGUGGCGGCGGCAGCGGGUACCUGAGCUGCGUGCGUGAGGGCGCGCUGCUGCCCGCCGUGGGCGCUGCCCUCGAGUGGAGCCUGCAGCGGCGGUGCCAACUCCACUUCACAGAGGCGGCGCUGCACUGGCUGCUGGCGCUCUCCACCACCGCGGAGGGCGCCCAGGCGCUGGCCGCGGUCGGGGUGCUGCAGUGCCUGUGCCUGCCCCUGCUGAGCACCUACCAGGUGGACGCCAACGGCCUCGCCGCGCUCGAGAAGGCUGGGGGACCCCCGCGGAGGAGCCACGAGGCGCCCAGCUGGCAAGGCGCCUACUGCCUGUGCCUGGCCGUCCUGCAGGCCGUCCUGAGGCAGCUGCGUCACAGCGCCCUGCCUCAGGCCCUCGACUUCCUGGGCGUCCACCAGGAGCGCAUCCUGCAGAGCCUGCAGGCGGUGCGGGGGGUGCUGGGCCAGGCCUGCCUGGAGGAGGCGGAGAAGACGGUCGCCUUCCUCCUGCACUUGGCCUACUUCACCAGGGAGUGGCACUUCCACCUGCCGCUGUUGCUGAACUCCGUGCAGGUGGCGCUCUGCUCCCUAUGCCAGACGUGCACCGCCUUGCUGCACAGCCAGAAGCUCCUGCAGCAGUACCUCGCGUCGAAAAGCGCGGGGCUGGCGGCGGCACCCGGCCGGGACGGCGGUGGUCGCGGCGGCUGCGGCACGGGCGUCGGCGUCGGCGGCGUCGGCGGCACCGGCGAAGUCGGCCAGGAGGCAGAGCGAGGCCCCGGCGGCGUGGCCCUGGCCCAGGCGAGCCUGCUGCGCAUCCUGGGCACCACGCUGGCCGCACUGCGCCGAUUCAGCCCCGACGUCUGCCAGAUCCUGCUGGACCAGACGAUGGACCUGUCGGAGUACGAGCCGCUCUUCUCGCUGAGCCUGGUGGCUCCGUCGUGCGACGCCGACGCCAGCCCCUCGCUCGGCUCGCUCCUCUCCGCGAUCAGCGUCGCUCAGGGCCUCGCCGCGCAGGCCGACGGGAAAAGGGAACUCGCAAAGCACACAAACGCCGGUGACUUGAAGGCUCUGAAGCCCACGCUGGUGUUCGUGAUGGAGAAUGCGCUGGCGCUGCUCAUGUCGCAGGCCAUGCUCUACCUCAAGCACUGCACCGUCUCCUGCCGCGACAAGCAGCGCAUCAAGCGCGAGCUCAGCUCCGAGCUGGAGGCGCUGCAGAACGGCAUGCUGCGCUGGGUGCGCAGAGGCAGCCCCGUGUCGCCGGGCGGCGGCGGUGGAAGCGGCGGCGGUGGAGGAGGAGGAGGAGGAGCGGCGACGGGCGGUGCAAGCGGCACCUCGGCGGGGGUCUCCCUACAGGCCAAGGGCGGCGGCGGCGGCGGCAGCGGCGGUGGGCGAGCGACGUCGCGCUCCGCCGGCGCGGCGGGCGGCGUGUCGGACGCGUGGGAGCACGCCUUCCACGACCUCGUCGACCUCUUCCUCAAGAGGGUGCUGCGGUGAAGGGGAGCUGUUGAGCGUGUGGGCGGCGCCGCGGGGACGGGGGGGGGGCGUCCAAGCACCGGGUUACACGGAGAGGGAGACGUUUGGGCGUUGGCUGGGGGAGGGGGGCAAGCCCUUUUAAUUCCUGGAACCAGGACCCAUGUCAUCCAUGCCCGCGCCGCUGCCAUAGACACGCAGGAAUCCGUACGCUCGCGUAGGGACCCAGAGGGAGGCUUCUUACGUGGACAGAGUUAUAUUUUGUUCUAAGGAGUUCCAGCGGUUGGAUGGUCCUAGGCAAGGCACCGAUGGCUCGCAUAGAGACCCCAGAGACUUGCAGAGAGACCCACAGAUUCGCAAAGAGACCCAUAGUACUAAACGAACCAUUAUUUUACCAGGUAAGGCCCACUGAGCUGUAUAGCUCUUCUUCAGAAGCGACCUGGCCACACAAAUGAUAGCUGAACGAAGUGGGAAUUUAUAGCAGGCAAUUACUUUUAAACGCACGUUGAUUCUAAAUGCGAAGGGAAAAAAACAGAGAACCCGGAGGAAAAAAAUCCACGCAACCACGGGGAGAGAGAAAGAGGGACACGCAAAUAACAAAUGUACAUCAGGCAUCAGGGUCGGGAUGGAACCCACGACCUCCUGUACACCAAGCGAGGUAGUUAACAUCUCGCCAUAGCUCAGUGUGUGCGCAGCUGCCGAGUGUGAACGCGAUGGAACUGCAACCCCUCCAGCCCCACUGGCUGGAGGUGCCCAAGCGCGCCGGUGCUGGGGGGGGCCCGGGUGGGAGGGUUAAUUAGACAGCCCCCCCCCCCAUAUCAUUCCAUUGCGAACCACUCGGUACCACAGCGCGCACGUGACCCACGCAUACAGCACACAGUACACAUGCACUUUACAUGCACAGUACACGCACGGUACACACGCACCGUAUACACAGCACACAUACAAUACACACAGUAUACAAACAGUACAUACAGGACACAGUACACACAGUACAUACAGUACACACACCGUGCACACACACCGUGCACACACACAGUAAAUGAACAGUACACACACAAUGUUGUCCCACGUCCGACCGCAUAGCCACGUGUAGAGUGAAUUCAAUCCCCACAGAGCAAUUGUGCGCAUGUACAGCGCACAAUAGGACAGAGCGAACCCGCAUGGAGCGUGCAGACCCUGCAUCUUGGUGGGUGGAGGCAUUAAAUAAAGCAAGGCCUUGACCUGGGCUUGAACUGGGUCUGGAAGAAAGGAGGGAGCUUGAGACUGGGAGGCAGUGUGUUGUUGUCCCUCGUAGCGUACGCCGUGAGGGUUUGUAUGAAUUGCGUUUGUGUGUGUGCGUGGCGGAAUGAGUUGGCGAUACCCAUGGAUACCCACAUGAAGUGCCCGUGUUGUGUUUUUGUUCGAGUCCUGUCCCGUGUACAGAGAUUUCGUUUUUCAAUAAAACGGUAA